GUAUGGCUGAAUGAUGUUAACUGCGUUGGAAAUGAAAUCACACUUGCUGCCUGUGAAUCCCAAAAAACAGAAGAUUACAGUUUGCAUUACAAGGAUGCUGGAGUCAUCUGUCAAUCACUUGUUAAACUGGUGAAUGGCACUAACUCUUGUUCUGGACGAGUUGAAGUUUUCUUUGAUGGCCGUUGGGGAACAGUAUGUGAUGAUGGAUGGGAUCAGUCAGAUGCUGCAGUGGUGUGUAGAGAACUGGGCUGUGGGAAUAUUAUAGAGGCAAAGAAUGCUGCUUAUUUUGGAUUGGGAUUAGGAAUCGUAUGGCUAAGUGAUUUACAGUGUGCCAGUUACUCUACUCUGAGAAACUGUAAUUCAAAGGGAUGGGGACAAAACAGCUGUGGACAUGAGAAAGAUGCCGGAGUAGCCUGUCAACUUAACAUCAGACUGGUGAAUGGCAUAACCUCUUGUUCUGGACGAGUUGAGGUUUUUCGUGACAGUCAAUGGGGAACCGUGUUUGAUGAUGGCUGGGAUCUAUCAGAUGCUGCAGUGGUGUGUAGACAGAUGGGAUGUGGAGAUGCUAUAGAGGCAAUAGGUGGUGCUUAUUUUGGACAAGGUGCAGGACAAAUAUUUAUGGGCUAUGUGAACUGUGUUGGAAAUGAGACCAUGCUCACUGAUUGUAAAUUUCAAAGAUGGGGAAUGGAUGACCAUUCAAAGGAUGUUGGAGUCAUCUGUGAUCCUUCUCUCAGGCUCAUAAAUGGACACGGCUCUUGUUCUGGAAGAGUGGAGGUUCUUUAUAAUGGAGCAUGGAGAACAGUGUGUGAUGAUGGCUGGGAUCUGACAGACGCUGCAGUGGUGUGUAGAGAGAUGGGAUGUGGGGAUGUGAUCGAGGCGAAGAGCGCUGCUCAUUUCGGUUCAGGGUCAGGGCCUGUAUGGAUAAGUGAUUUACAAUGUUCCAACACUGACUCAAGACUAAGAGAUUGUAAAUCAAGUGGAUGGGGAAGAGGCAGCUGUGGACAUGAGAAAGACACAGGAGUCAUCUGUAAGGAUAACGUUAGGCUGGUCAGCAGCACCAACCCCUGUUCUGGACGAGUGGAGGUUCUUCUUGCCGGUCAGUGGGGAACAGUGUGUGAUGUUGGAUGGGAUGCAUCAGAUGCUGCAGUGGUGUGUAAGCAACUGGGCUGUGGGACAGUUUUGGAAUUAAAGAGUGCUGCCUAUUUUGGAAUGGGUUCAGGAACGGUUUGGAUGAAUAAUGUAAACUGUUCUGGGAAUGAGCCUUCUUUGAUGAGCUGUUCAUAUAAUGCAAUUCCAAACAGAUGUGGCCACGAGAAAGAUGCCGGAAUCAUUUGUGGAUCUGUUAAAGUCAUGUUUAGGGUUGAAGUGAAGGCUAGGAAUGGAAUCGACCCAAAUGCUGCAGGAAUCAUAAAUAAACUUUCCCUGAGGUGAGAGCAGUGGAAAGAGUAACAUUGAGCUGUAUCUUUCACCACUUUUAACUGUCAUCUACUGGCUGUCCAUGUUACUGUUCUGUUCAUUUGGAUCUCAUAGAUUGGGAAGAAGCUACAAAUCAAUGGGAAGUUCUCACUGAAAACUUGGACAGAUGGAAAAAUCUUCCAUGAGAGAAUAGGAGCUGCACCCUGACAAAUUGGUCAUUUCUGGAAUACAGAGAAGAAAAUAAGCAAACUCUAUUUAAAAGGAAAUAAAUUCUACAUCCAUUUUUCAGUCGGACGUUUUAUAAAUUAAAUUAAUAUUUAUCUAACACAUUUUCCACAUGACAAUGCUUUAUAUAAUAUCCUUGUUAUUUUUUCCCAUAAUGACAAUGUAGGUAGUGUUUUGAUACUGAUAAAGUACCUUUGUGUGUCAUCCUAACUUUAAUAUAUAUUUAAUCUUGAUAUAGCCAAUACUUUACAUAUAUUUUCAAUGUAAACCUG